UUACCAAGCAACUCGCCGGAGCCAGCCACCGUCGGUUCCUUCUCCCCCUUCACCAGCUGCUCCAAUUGAAGAAAACCCUACUUCCGGCGGUCACGAUUCCUCUUCCCCAUCCCUUUCUCUACUUCAAGGUACGUUCAUUUGCUGCGAUUCCUCUCACCUAUACGAUUUCGUCGAGCUCAUUGAAGAGCACUGAAUCAAGCAAAUGAGCUCGCUGUCUAAUUCAUCUGAAUACGGAAUCUAGGCAUUUGAAUAAUGUAUCGGCUUUCAGCUUUCUCAAUUCUUUCAUUGUACAAAUCCUUUGUAGAGCUGGAUUUAAGUUUCUCACUUUAUGGAGGCUUCUUUUUGAGGAGAGGAAUUGGGCAUGGCUCGAGCCUUGGAUCUGCAGGACUUCAUUGUUCGAGCUAAGGUGCUGAAGCUGUACAGGCAGGCUCUCCGGGUCGUCCGUAGAGCACCUGAUGGUGCUAGAGAUGAACUGAAGCAAACAAUUAGGCAGGAAAUGGAGAACAACCGGAACUGCAAUGACAGGCAAACGAUUCGGUUUCUAAUGAGUGACGGAUUAGAGAGGCUGAAACGUUUAGAUGAGACCCUUGAUAUGCAGGGCCGAUGAUUAGCAUCAGCAGCAGUACACUUGGUUCUUCUUCAUUGACGGAGUGGGUUCAAAACUUAACUGCGGCAUGGCAUAUUAAUGGAAGAAGACGAAGGUUUAUGAAUUCAUUAACAGAGUUAAAUAAUCCAUGUCAUAAAAUUGUUUGUAUGUUUUUGUAUUUGGGAUUAGGACUACUUAAGAAUCGCAAAUUUCAUUCUGAUUAAUGUGAUCAUGUGCUGUAAAACAGUCCCUGUUGAUGUUGAA